AUGGGUCGUGGAGCGGACGCCCAGCAUGAAGUGACGCUGAGAAAAAGUCCAGACGGUUUGGAGCACCAGUCUGGCAAAAGAAGGAUGAGCGACAGAGAGGAAAAAACGCACAAGAGAAAGCGUUCAGAGAAUAAAUCAAGUUCUGUUAAAGAUACGAGUGAUGAUAAUGAUUCAUCUUUCGAGGUUCAUGCGGAAGCAGCGUCGGCAACUCAUGUGCAUUGCACUGAUGAAGAAGAUGAAAAGAUUAAUGAUACGAUGAGGGACAAAGACAACUUGGUUCCUGAAACUUCGGUUGGAGAUCAAUCAGGAGGCGCAUUAUGUGAGGAUAAAAGUAAUUUGAACCUUUCUCUCGAACUUGUUUCGCCUACAACAGCAACUGACAGAAAUUCAGAUGAACAUCCAUUUGGUGUCAACAUUGAAAUCAUAGUGGAACCAAAGGAUGCAACUCCAAAUUAUCCGCCCGAUGAAGAUAGUGAAACUAAGAACACUGAAUCCGAGAAGAAGAACAUUUCCAAUAAUGCAAUAGAUGGACCUUCACGGUCUAACACGGGAAAACUUCCUCUCGAUUAUACGGAGACAACUGGACUGAAUUUGUCUUUGUUUCCAACUGAUUCAACUGCCCAAAGCCAAAUCAAUCAGGAGGCAUCUCAAGGAUGCUUCAUGCUGGUUCUGAAAGGAAAAGGAAAAGGAAAAGAAAAAGAAAAAGAAAAAGAAAAGGAAAAAGGAAAAGGAAAAGGAAAGGGAAAAAAGGUGCAAGUGAAACUUUUUGGUGUCACUUAUGAAGUAGAACAACCUGAACAGGCGUCGGAGGUCUCUCAAGAAUUUCCAGAGCCCAUUGAAGCUUCUCAACAACAACAACAACAACAACAACAACAACAACCACUAUCAUGUUCAGAUUUUGAGAACAAAGGCCAUGUCGAAGGAAAAGCUCUGCAGCACUGCUUUGGAGAAGGCUCAUCCUCAUCGCGAUCCUUGCUCGAAAACUCGCCUGAAAACUAUCAGAGAGACCCGACUGAGUGGCUGGAAGAAGAAUUGGACUGUCUUUGGGUCGGCGUGAGAAGACACGGCCAGCAAAGCUGGAACACUCUGUUAGCUGAUCCGAACCUUUCCUUCAAGAGGUUCAGGGUCGCUGAGGAUUUCAACAAGCAAUGGGAGAAAGAAUUGGCAAAGAUUCUUAACGGCAUAAUGAUCCCCCAUCCUAUUUCUGUUAAACCUCCUCUAGCUCCUCCAUUCGGGCGAGCUUUAGUGAGAACUGCCUGCCCGAACAACCGACAGCUGAACUCAUCCCAUGCCCGAAUCCAGACGCAUCAAACUUCAACAGGACCUUCAAAGAGCACUCUUCCACAUUGGCUUGUCGACGCAUUGAAGGCGAACCAAAAGAACUCGGAGCCUCCACCUUCAUCUUCUUCUCCAAAUGCUGCGGAUCCAGGCUGUGGAGAAAAUAAAAGGAAGCGACCGGCGUCUGAUGAAGGCGUGGGCAGCAGUUACAACUAAUAGAACUAGCCCGGUGAGGCCUCCGUCGAUGACAAGGGCUGGCUGGCCGGCUGGGCGCGACAGGUCUCUGUUCUGAGUAAUUUAAAUUUAUCAUGCAUUCUGGAUGAUGAUAGCUUUGACAAUUUGUGUUGGAACCUUUGAACAUUCUGAACUUAGAAUUUGUGUGAAUUCAACUGCUCUUGAAUAAAUCAUGAACUUUU